AUGUCAGACUUGAUUAGACGUUGUAGGGCGGUGACGACUACACCGAGUUCAGAGCCCCCGGCUCAGCCGGUAUCAGCUGCCACUGCUCCAGCACUGAUGGAGCAGGACCACGUGCUAGCUGGUCCUGGGGGAUCCCAGGCGGCUGGAUCACCACCACCGACACCACAUCGACUGACUAUACUGGUGCCUCGGGGGCACCUCCAGGUAAUACCCUUCCACUUUCCCAAGAGGAACACCCGAGGGCCGUGUCGGCAGCUGAAGACGGCGAAGGUCACCCGGGUGACCAACAGUCGUAUCAGCAUCGGAUAUGACGAGCGCCAUCGGGCUGCACCGACGGCGGACUUGCAUAACUCCUUGGCCCAUGACAUUGGCCACGUCGUUCGGACCCAUUGCCCGAUGCAAUGGAAGUCUUGGAGGGUCAUGCCUGACGAGAUCAAGAUGCAAGUUCGCGGCCAGUUGUCGACGAACUACCACUUAGAGGAAAUCAACGAGGAGACCUUGGCGUACGUCAACAGACUCUUCGGUGAGAGGUACAAGCAGUGGAAGAGCGACUUGCACCACCAUUUUCAGGCGUUUGAUGAUCCGCAAGUCGCUCUUCAGGAGGGUUGCCCGGAGGAGCUUGAGGGGCGGGAGGAUAGUUGGGCGUGGCUCUGCGCUCAUUUUCAGGCGCCCGAUUAUGUGAAUAAAGCCCAAGUGAAUAAGGGCAAUAGGAAGAAGAAGACUCUUCUCCACCAUUCCGGCUCCAGGCCCUUCUCAUAUAGGAUGGAUGCACGGCGGGGGUCGAAAUUCCCAGAGAUCGACGUCUUUGGUGACGUUUAUGUUCGACCUGGGAAUGAGUUGGCCGAGUCCCUUCAUACGACGAUGGUGGAGAGGAGCCAGUUGGUUCUUCAAGAGUCCGCCUCCCAACUUCCUCCCGAGACUCCGAUCGAGUCUGUGGAUCCUCCGCAUGAUGCUGGAUUUCAGAUUUUGACGCAGACGUUGGAUCAGACUCUCGGGAGGAGGCCGGGAACAUAUUGUAGGGGGAUGGGGAAUGCCCGACAAAGGGAACCUCGACCGCGGUCAUCGUCGCAGGCAAACAAUCAGGUGAUUGUUUUGACAUCGCGGGUUGCCGAGCUUGAGGGUCAGAUGUCGGUGAUUCUGCAGUCCCUCGCGCGGUCCGGCAUUCCAAUCCCGAAUUUUGGUGCGUCGACCUCCGAGCCCGUCCACCCCGGGCAUCCCCAGCACACCACGGCCCCUGCAGACGCCCAUACCUCCGAGCCGCAUGUGGCAGAUGACCAAAUCGCAGUACCUUUGUCUUGCCUGAAGAUAUUACACAGUUUGCAGGCGUGGAAGAAAUUGGGGCUACUGUGGUUGCAGUGCUUAUAUGAUCGUUUGAGAGAAGCAAAUAUGUGCACCAUGGUUGGCUUUAUCGACCCUGCUCAAGUUAGCGCCAACGCUGGGUCACUAACUGACAGAUCACGAAUUGUAGCCAGUAGACUUCAGAAAACAGAUGGUGAACAGAUUUUCAUGAUGCCUUACAAUCCAGGCCGUCAUUGGGUCUUGCUGAUUGUGAGAGCAAAGAGGGAAACCGUCUAUUUUCUGGAUCCUCUGCCUGGAAAUCGUGUGGUUGAUGAGGAGGGCAAAAACAUUGUGAACACUGCUUUAAAAAUUUAUAAUUCCCACAUAGGCAGACCAGGCCGUAAAGCACCAAUUUGGAAAACUCUGCCAAGCACACCAAAGCAACCCAGCAGUGUCGAAUGCGGGUAUUAUGUGAUGCGCUUCAUGAGGGAGAUCAUCAUGGAUCCUUCCUUGGAGUUUGAGAAGAAGUUUGCCAAGGGAAAAGUGCAAGCGCCAUACCCCCAAGAAGCCAUUAAUGAAGUCCGGAAUGAAUGGGCAGAUCUUGUUUGCCUUCAUAUGGAAUAG